UCAAUUUGACCGAUUAGAUUUUUUUCGAGUCAUGAACAAGAUGUUAGCAAUAAUUCCCAAAACCAAAAUCAACAUUGCGAUUGAUGGGUAUACAGCAUCGGGUAAAACCACAAUUGGAAAGGAACUUGCUACUCAACUCAAUUAUCAGUUCAUCGAUUCUGGAUUAUUCUACCGAUAUAUUGGAUAUUAUUAUUACGACAACACUUCCUUAGAAGAAGUUAUCAAGAUUAUUGAUGAACAUAAACAAAACAAUCAGCUUCUAACUGAGUUAGAAUCAGUAAACUAUCUUAAUUAUGAAGAAUAUAGUAAAUCGGGAGAACUUGCUUCGAGAGCAUCUCAAAAUGACCAAUUACGUGAAUUCAUCAAUCAAACCAUUCGUGAAUUAACUAAACAAAAAGAAUUUGUUGUUGUUGGACGUGAUGUCACCACUAAAAUCUUACCUGAUGCUGAGGUUAAGAUUGUGUUUACGGCAGAUCUCGAA